CCGCCAGCCAGCCAGCGCGCGGCUACCACCCGCUGCCACCCUCUCCACCCUAGCCAUUGACGGCAGCGACAGCGUCCGGCCUCUGUGUGUCAACCCUCGUGAAAAACAUGGGUGACGUCGAGAAGGGCAAGAAACUCUUCGUUCAGAGGUGCGCACAGUGCCACACAGUCGAGGCAGGUGGAAAACAUAAGACGGGACCCAACCUAAAUGGUCUCAUUGGGCGUCAGACCGGCAAGGCGUCGGGUUAUGUGUACACGGACGCUAACAAGUCUAAGGGCAUCACGUGGGGCCCUGACACCCUGGAUGUCUACCUUACCAAUCCAAAGAAAUAUAUCCCAGGCACUAAGAUGGUCUUCGCUGGACUCAAGAAGAAGAACGAGAGGGCAGACCUCAUCGCCUACCUCGAGGAUUCCACAAAGUGAAGUCCAUACUCCUCCAGACCUGACAUGGCUGACACCUCCCCUAAUCCCAACGCCGCCCUUCGAUUCGGCCCGCGGUGGCACACGGUGGAGGAAGCAAUAAUAACACUCAGGGUGGGUGAGGUCUCAGCCACGUUUAUCCAUCAUCUGUGUAUAUCUCAUCAUUUCACUGCACCCAGAUGGGCUCAAUCAUUAACAUUUUAAAUAAGGAAUUUAGAAUCAUUAUAAUAAACAAAGAUGUUAGC